UGCCCUUCAUCACCGUGAAUGGGUCGGAGUUCCUGGAAAUGUUGGUUGGCGUGGGCCAGCGAGGGUAGCAAGGCCAGGGGCACCGUGGAGCCCGGAAUGAGCAGGAGAACACACUGAACCAGAUGCUUGUGGAGCUGGACAGUGAGCGGCUGCCAGUGACCGCGCUGAGACCAGGUCUGUGCCGUCAGCACCGCUAGGCCCUCCUCCAGCCUUUUGUUCCUGUAAACUCCCUGGGUGAGAAUCCUUGAUGGGUCCGUUUUUAGAAGGCUGCUUCCCAGCAGAGGUAGUGGAGAAAGCUGUGUUAGAUCAACACUGGCCCCAGGAGUCAGCGAUAGGAUGAGGGGUCCAUGUACCCUGCCUGUGGCCCAGCAGCAGGAGGGGUUAGCAGCGGUGCGGUGGCGGAAGUCCUGUUGGGGAGGUGGACCGGCCAGAUGGGGGCUCCCCUGCCCCUCCUCUCCUAGGCCUUGGUGCCCACAGGGUGGUGCCGUUGGAGCAUGUGUUGCUUCCUGUCUCAGCCUCUCCUGGUGUCUUCCUGGACUCAGAAUCGCAUGCGUGGGCAGGCCUGCCUUGUCCCAAAAUCUCUCUCCUGGUUAAGACUCUUCCUCAGAGUGGUUCCAGCCAAGUGUGUCUGGGAGCUUGUUAGGCGUGCUGAAGCUUCCCUGGAAACGUCUAGUGUUGAUGCUACUUUUCAAAUUUGGAGAAUUUGGUGGCAAGUUUGGAUCUUCACUUUGGGGUUGCCGGGAAUUCCCUGGGUUCGGGGGUUCACUACGAGGACACCCAGAGCCUCAGGUGUGUGCAUGUCCGUGACUGCGACUGACGCCAGACCCAGAACAGGGUCUGUGCAGGGAAGGCUGUGGAAAGGGAGGUCGGCUGCAGCCUCCCUGAGGACGGGGCGGGGGGUGCCGAUCUCCCUUCGUGGAGCUGCGGCGACACACGGGUGUGUUCACUCUGUACUCAGUUCGUGCCGCCGUCCCGCAGACGCACAGCACACACUACUGUCUGCGCCCGCCGUCGAGGCAUGGACAGCCCCUCCCAAACCUCCGGUCCCAGAGUGCGCUGAGGGCUGCCCUGGAAGCUGACCCUGAGAGGAUGAACUGUUCGGCCUGCUGUGUUAUUUUCUUUCUGCGCAGACCAAAACAUUUCCAGAAUCUUCCAUUAUCCUCAGAAUUUGAUGAUGAUUCUGUUCUGAGAUCUCAGAGGACUGAUGGGAGGGACCAUUCAGGGGGGACAGUGGGUGGGGGCACCAGCCUUCUUCUCUCGGCAGCCUGCCCUGCCCUGGAGUAGGCCAGCUCCUUGUAAGUCCAGCAGGGCCGGCCGGAUGGAGGCCUCGGCAGGUGGCUGGGGCACUGACAGCGGAGGGUCUCCUCACUCCCUGGGUGGGGGUAACAGGUGGCAUCAGGCUGUCAGGAACCAGUGAUGAGUCACGGUGGGGGUCCACACCCUGAGACCGGGACAUGGAGAUCCCUGUUAGCUGAGGAGGGUCUGGUUACUCUUUGACAGCUGUGUCUCAGCCAGAGCAGUGGGGUCGGCCAGUACCAGAGCCAGGGGUGUGCUGCUGGGUGCCUGCCUGUGAAUGCUCAGAGCGAGAGGCUCUCAGAGCCAGCCCUGGGCAUGAGCGCGUGCCCUGGUAAGCAGCCUCUGCUGGCAGUGUGGAGGAAGCAGAGGGCGAGCCAGCGAAGGGCCACUCAGGGUGGCCAGUGGACCUGGCAGGACAGGCAUCUGUGCGGAAGAGGACCUGCUCUCAGCACCCAAGGGAGAAGGACAGCUAGGUACACAGUGCUGUCCUCGUGGGCACCGCCUGAGCUCUCUUCUUGGGUUCACUUGCUUCUCCUGCCCAGGGUUCGCCUCUCCACGAGCGCUGUGGUGCUGGCUGGCCCCAGCUGCCCUGCCCUCCUCCACCCGGCCCUGACGCAGCCCGGCCUGUCUGACUGCGUGUUGCGUGUCGGCACCCCUGACGUCAGAGGCAGGUCCUCCAUCUUCAGAGUCCACCUGUGCCCGCUGAAGCUAGACAAGAGCCUCCAGAAGGACAUGCUAGCGGGAAAGCUCCUGGUGCUCGUGUGCUGCUUCCCGGAUUGUGCGCUUCGGAUGAGCGAAGAGCUGGGACAGGUGUACUGUGACCUCUACCGGCGAGGCGAGAUGCUGGUAGGGAAGCCGGAUGGCGAGGCCACGGGCCAGCUCAUUGCUGAGCAGGUGGGGCCCCUGUGAGCGCCGGCAAGCGGGACCUGGACCUGCUGACCCGGUGCCGAGAGCAGCUGGAGUGGGUGGGCAGGUGCUGCUGGAGGAGGUGCUGCUGGGUCCCGGCCCUCUGUGGAGAACCGGCCUCUGUGAGCAGUCUGUGCAAGGCACCAAGGCACCGGCAGCCUGCAGGAGGACGUCUCCCUUCCCCAGGGGCUGAAGGGCUGGAGCCGGGGGCGUGAGGAGGGCAGUGCAGAGGGCUGCCUCCAGGAGAGCCCAGCCUAGUGACCUUGGCUGUGAAAGCAGCUGCCCAAAUCUCUGGAAGACAAAAUAAAACAUGGUAACAGCAAA